UUUUCUCCCUCUCUCCCCCGUUUCUGUGGCGUCCGUGCGUGCGAGGGGGUGUGCAGGCGUGUGUGCCGUGCCUGGUAGUGGCGUGUACCCUCCUGACACGCCCGUACCGCCCUUGGAAAACAUUUAAAGAAAGGAAUUGAAUGAGGGGUUUCGUGAAUGGCGGGAUGACGUCAGCGGGGGGCGGGGCAAGAGGCAGGAGACAGCGUAGUGUGUGUUGAACCGGUGACGGGGGAGGAUGUAUGUCACGAUGCUCCACCGCCUCCACCACCACCGCCACCACCACCGCCUGCCCCUCCACCUCCACCACCACGCCCGCCACUAAGUCCGCGCCCACGCCCACGCCCCGGGAGAUGGUCAUGGCGGAGAAGGCCAAGGCGCCGGUCAAAGUCGGUUUCUAUGAUAUUGAAAAGACGAUCGGGAAGGGGAAUUUUGCCGUCGUGAAGUUGGCCCGUCACCGCAUAACCAAGAGUGAGGUGGCUAUUAAGAUCAUCGACAAGAGCCAACUGGACGCCGCCAAUCUCCAGAAAGUGCAUCGGGAAGUGAAGGUGCUCAAGUCCCUCCAUCACCCACACAUCAUUAAGCUUUACCAGGUGAUGGAGUCGAAGAACAUGAUCUACCUAGUCUCAGAAUACGCCUGCAACGGAGAAAUUUUUGACUACAUCGCGCGCUACGGCCGGAUGACAGAACCAAUGGCGAGACGCAAGUUCUGGCAGAUUCUCUCAGCGGUGGAGUAUUGUCACGACCGUCACGUGGUGCACCGGGAUCUGAAGGCGGAGAACCUCUUGUUAGACAUCAACAUGAACAUGAAGAUCGCGGACUGGGGCUUCAGCAACUACUACACCCCCAACGACACCCUCAACACCUGGUGCGGCUCUCCCCCCUACGCCGCGCCGGAGGUCUUCGAGGGGAAAAAGUACAUCGGCCCGGAGAUCGACAUUUGGAGCCUGGGCGUGGUGCUGUACGUGCUGGUGUGCGGCGCCCUGCCCUUCGACGGCCCCACCCUACCGGCGCUGCGGGACAGGGUGCUUUCCGGCCGCUUCAGGAUACCCUACUUCAUGUCCUCAGAUUGCGAGCAGCUGGUGCGCAAGAUGCUGGUGCUGGACCCGUCGCGGCGGUACACGGUGCAGCAGAUCAGGCGGCACCGCUGGAUGACCUGCGAGGACCCCCCCAGCCCAGCCCCCGAGCCCCCCGAGGUGGCCAGGGCGGAGCGGACCACCGACCCCAACGAGCAGGUCCUCAGGGUCAUGCAGGAGCUGGGCAUCGACGUGACCAGGACCAGGGAGGCGCUGCUGAACGAUGCCUACGACAACUACACGGCCAUCUACCUGCUGCUGCUGGAGCGGCUCAAGCAGCACCGCUCGUCGCUGCAGGGCGAGCGACACUCCGGCCUGGAGCACCAGCGGCGACGGCCCUCCAGCGUGGCCGAGGCCGCCGUCAGGAAGAUGUGUGCCGCCAUGCCCCCCGGCAAGGCCUCGCCGCCCACGCCCCUCAUGACGGCGCAGGGGGAGAUGGCGCCGCAGGACCCACUGGUGGUCCGCACCUUUGGCCACACCGGCAGGAUGCUGCCGGCCACGCCAGGGGACCACUCCACCGCCCUCUCGCACUCCUUUAUAUCAAAUCUGAGCCAGCUGGGCAUGCGCGGCGGCCUGGUGGGGCAGGGCACGGAGGCGGAGUGCGGCGCCGCCACCAUCACGCCCUACGUGUCGCCGCCCUUCAGAGAAGCGAGUCAGGACUCCCAGACGGAGCUGGCGGCGGCGUACCAAGUGGCGGGGGGCGGCGCGGUGCUCAACAUGUCACUGGUGGGCAAGAGUUUCCGGGAGACCGAGGGCGGGCCCUCCACCUCCAUCGACGAGGGCGUCGAGGCUGAUAUGGAGAGCGAGUGUGGCUCCUUGGGCGGCGUGCCCCCCCGCGGCGGCACCUGCCUGCUGCAGAACAUCAAAAGUGCCUCCCAGCAGUCCUCGGAGGCCUCUCAGGGCACGGACUCCCCGCUGGGCAGCGUCACCAGCACGGGCUCCACCUUCGAGAGCUUCGAGUCCCAGCUGGAGCCUGACCUGGCCGCCUCCCUCUCCUCUUGCUCCCACGCCUCGCUCACGGCGCGCCCGAUGCUGCAGGGCGUCGCAAACACUCGCUCCCUGCAGCCCCAGACGCAGCUGGACCCCACAGCCGACGUCCCGGAGCGCGCCCACACCCGCUCGCCUGUCAACUUCCGCGAGGGGCGACGCGCGUCUGACGGGCUGGUUACACAGGGCGUCAUCGCCUUCAGGCAGCGGCUACUCGAGACAGAGAAGGCGCGCGGCCUGACGGAACUCCACAGUGUGCAGCAGGAGCACCAGGCCCUCACCUCGCUGUACCAGGCGGCGGCGGUCACCAGCAGCGAGGAGACAACGACGCGCGUGCCGCCGCCGCCGCUGCAGCAGGCGCAGUAUUACCGGCAGUGGCGGCACUCCUACGCCGGCUCCGACGAGCUGAGCCGCGCCCCGCUGGUGCGGCAGCGCGUGUCCCUGCCGGACACACUGGGCCUACCACAGCAGAAGCUGCUACACGUCAAGGACCCCGCCAAGGAGGCCGACAUCUCCCUCAGCAAGCCCCUACAGCAGCAACUGUUUCAGCACCGCCUGCAGCAGAAGCGGCAGAUCCUCCAGAAGCAAGCGGCGUACCCCCGCCAGUCCUUCCCCGUGGGAUGUGACCUGUCGCGGCGCCAGAUGGUGCGGCAGGCGUCGUACAAGCUGGCGCAGCAGCAGCCGGUGCUGCCGCCGCUGCCCAGCGAGCUGAGCGCCGCCCACCUGCUGGCGGGGCUGACGCAGGCUGACCUGACCUGUCCGCCUAUCGCCGAGCACGAUGACCUGCAGGCCCAGGACGAGGCGUGGGAGGGCGGCCCCGCCUGGCGCCACCUCACCUCGUGGGCGCCGGACACCACGUGGCACAUGCUGCCCUCCACCUUCGCCGCCUGCCAAAUCAGCGAGGCCCAGCAGCCCUCCCAGCCCGCCCAGCCCGGCGACGCCCGAAUGUGGCCGCCGCUCCAGUCCUGGCCCGCCACCACCUGGCACCAGAGCGGCGCGGUGGGUGCGGCGCCGUGGCAGCCCGUGUCUGGCCCCGGCGCGCUGCUGCCGCAGACGGUAUGCGAGAGUCCCAUCCUGGAGAUGCCGGAGCACAUGGAGACGUGAGGGCGCCGCGCCGCUACCAUGCACGAGGCGCUCCGGCCCCAGCAGGCGGCGAGGCGGAACACCUGAGCAGGCGUGUUGCCGUCCCGCCGCGACCCCCACGGCGUGUGCGUGGACUGGACCUUCCCGCGGCCCUCUCAACGGUUAGUCUGCCGGCCACCGUCACGUGACUGGCGGAUAGCGGCGCCCCCCGUGGUGACCCGCUGGGCUGUCUGUUGCCAGCCGAGGCUGAUAACUAUCUAGUCAAUACCUAAGCUUCCCAAUGCCUUCCCACGCCAACUGCUCCCCACUACUCCCCCUCGACACCCGCCCUCUCCUCCCCGACAACCCACACCCCACAAACACCCUCACUAUAAACCGCAGGAUUACCCACUAGAAGCAUAUUUCAGACCCACCUCAACACCACCAGUCCGGCACCCGGCCACAUCAACGCCCAGCCCGUCACGCCCAUCCUGGCGCCAUUACCAGGGCCGCGGCUCCCUGCUGCUGAACAUCGAAUACCUACUAAUGGCGUCAUGGGCUAAAUGGGUGCUGACUGGCUGGGAGGAUUGGUCCUGUUGUUUGCCUGGGGAUGAUCAGGGGGCAUCAGAACGAGUAUAGUCUGACCAGUCUAGAGUGGCACCCGUAACGUAGCCCCCCCUCCCCCCCCCAUCACCCUUCUGCAACGCUUCCAAAUGACCUCCCGCUUCGCGUGCUCCUAUACACUAUUUUCUCUCUUCACUUGUACAAAAAACUUUAAAAAGUUUUUUGUUUGUUUUUAUGAAUGAUUCACAUUGUUAGUGAGUACGAAGAA